AAAGCUUAACUCUUCUAACCGAAUUUCAUAUUCUCCAUCUUUUGAAUUCGCAUUUUCUUUCGUUUAUAAUCGCACUAAAGAUCUUAAUACUGUAUCUAUAUAACAACUUAUUUAAGUAAACAUAAUAUUACUGAUGCUCAAGGGGAGAGAUACUGAAGAUUCUUCUCUAGGUACAAGUAAUAGUCAGGAAAAACAAACUUUGCCUAUAAUGCAACGCCCCAUUCCUCCUGAAAUACCGUGGGUCACUACGACAAAUUUCCACAGCUUACCUACUCCUGCUCCUUCGCCACAAUUAUUCCCACCUGUAAAUGCCGAAGGAUUUCCACCUUCGGCUCAAGAAGAGUUUAGCCGAACAGUCAGAAUGGGUUUUCAGAACAUGGACAAUUUGCAGAGACAACGUCUUCUUGCUGAACUUCUAAAUUCUUGCAAUACUGAACAGCUUGUUUUUGUGUCUAAUUAUAUAUCACCACGUUUGAAACGUGACUUUCUUAAAGACCUUCCAAUAGAACUUAGUCUACAUAUUUUAUCAUUUAUAAAUGAUCCAAAAACUCUUUCCAGAGCAUCAAGUGUUUCUAAAUUCUGGCGGUCUUUGUUAAAUGACGAGUUUACUUGGAAGAAUCUUUGUGUACGCCAUCACUUUAGGAGACGCAGUUCAGCAGCACCUAAAUUACCACCUUCUCCAACAAGUGAAUCUCCUUCUAGAAUCAAUAAGUUUUCGUACAAGGAUCAUUUUCGAAGGCGAUAUAUAGUCGAAUCUAAUUGGAAGCAUGGGGGGAGAACUCUUGUUACUCACAUAAGCCCUGAUACUGGAGUUGUCACAUCAUUGCAAAUGUGUCAAAGUUAUAUAGUAGUGGGAAUGGAUAAUAAAAAAAUUCAUAUAUUUGAUGUUUCUGAUGGCAAAUAUAUAAAAACGUUAUCAGGCCAUGAAGGUGGUGUGUGGGCAUUGCAAUAUAUGGACGAAGUUUUAGUUUCUGGAGGAUGUGAUAGAGAAGUACGGGUUUGGGACAUCAUUACAGCCAAAUGUAAACAUGUACUUCAUGGCCAUACGUCAACUGUACGUUCACUAAAAAUGAAAGACAAGACAAUUGCUGUUAGCGGUUCCCGUGAUGCAACCUUGCGUGUUUGGAAUAUUGAAGAGGGUCUACUGCUUCACCUGCUUGCUGGGCAUCAAGCGAGUGUGAGAUGCAUGGAAAUAUAUGGUGAUAUUGUUGUUUCUGGAAGUUAUGAUUGCUCGGCCCGUGUGUGGGAUAUUGUAACCGGUGAGUGCUUACAUGUUCUUCAAGGACAUUAUUCACAAAUUUAUUCCAUAGCUUUUGACGGAGAAAAAAUUGUUACUGGUUCUCUUGAUUCUACUGCACGUGUUUGGUCACGUCAAACAGGUUUUUGUCUAGGAGUUUUACAGGGUCAUACAUCACUCGUUGGACAAUUACAACUUCAUGAAUCGAUCCUUGUUACUGGAGGUAGUGAUGGGGCGAUUCGAAUUUGGGACCUAGAUACAAACCGUUGCGUCCAGCACAUUGCAGCCCAUGACAAUUCUGUUACAUGUUUACAAUUUGAUGAAAAACGGAUUGUUUCUGGUGGUAAUGAUGGGCAUGUCAAAUUAUGGGAUAUUGAAACUGGCGAUUUUAUUCGAGAAAUGACAAGUGCGGGAAAUGCUAUUUGGAGAUUGGCAUUCCAGGAGACAAAGGCUGUUGUUUUAUUACAAAGGGAGGGAAAAACUGUGAUGGAAGUUUUAGAUUUCGAUGCACAAGAAUCAUAAUCAUCAAGAAACGCCAUUAGCAAAUUAAUUAUUUAAAUAAUAGUUUAUACUUAAUAUAUUGUAUUUUUAUGUUUAGUAAUUAUAGAGUUCUGAUUUUUCGGUUCAUUAUUUACUUUGUUUAUUUCAUUUAAAAAUUUUACCUUCCUUCUAUUACAAGGCAAAGUAAAUAAUCAUUGAUACCGGGAAAAUAUAUGAUUAAAGAGACAUUUUUUUUGCAUUUCAAAUAAAAAAACAAAAAAAAAAAGUUAUGCUUAGAUAAAUA